GUAGGUUGGGGGAGAGUCCAUGAAAUGAGAUGUCUAGACGGUGAAAAUGGUUAUUGUAUAAAAAGCCUCUCUCAUCAUCAGAGCGCGUCUCAGUCUGCAUCAUUUCGGUUCAUCCACCACUAGCUGAUGACAGCUCUCUCCACCAUGGAUCAGUGUGUAAGCAUGAGUGAGAUGCGCCGUGAUAGUGAAGAGAACGGCUUUGUCGUCGCUGUAUCGUCGUCUGCAGGUAGUGCUGAUGUGAGUAAACAUGGCAUGGAGGAUGCAGAGGAGGCUGCAAACUGCAGCGGGUCAUCAGAGGAUGGGAAUGUGAUACCGUCUGCCGCGGCAGCUAAGAGAAAGAUGGCGGACUACUUAGUGAGUUCUGACGGCAAGAUUCCCGACCCUGCCAUUGAUGAUGGACUGGCGGGGGCACAGCUAUUUGGAUUGGGUGAUGGACUGACUUACAAUGAUUUUCUGAUCUUGCCAGGGUACAUCGAUUUCACAUCAGAUGAAGUGGAUCUUACUUCAGCUCUUACCAAGAAGAUCAUCUUAAAGGCACCGUUUGUGUCUUCACCCAUGGACACAGUCACAGAGUUUUCAAUGGCCAUCGCCAUGGCGCUAUGUGGCGGCAUAGGCAUUAUUCAUCACAACUGUACCCCAGAAUUUCAAGCAAAUGAGGUUCGCAGAGUAAAGAAAUAUGAGCAGGGUUUCAUCAUGGAUCCGGUGUGUAUGGGUCCGGACGACACAGUGGGUCGUGUGUUCUCAGCCAAGUCAGCACAUGGUUUCUCUGGUAUUCCAAUCACAGACAAUGGCAGCCUAGGGGGUAAGCUUCUAGGUAUUGUAACAGCUCGGGAUAUAGACUUCCUUAAAGCCGGUACGUAUAACACCACCUUGAAGGAAGUGAUGACCAAGAGGGAGGACCUGGUGGUAGCGUCUGCAAACAUCACACUCAAGGAGGCUAACGUCAUGCUACAGAAGUCUAAAAAAGGCAAACUACCGAUUGUCAACGAGAAGGAUGAGCUAGUGUCCCUGAUCUCCAGAACCGAUCUGAAGAAGCAUCGUGAGUUCCCUCUUGCCUCUAAGGAUGCUCGAAAGCAGCUUCUAGUUGGAGCAGCGAUUGGAACCAGAGACGAAGACAGAGUCAGGUUGGAAAUGCUGGUUCAAGCCGGUGUGGAUGUUGUUGUUUUGGAUUCGUCACAGGGUAAUUCUUCUUUCCAGAUCAACAUGGUUAAGCACAUCAAACAGAAGUACCCAGACCUUCAAGUCAUUGGAGGCAAUGUGGUGACGGCGUCUCAAGCCAAGAAUCUGAUUGACAGUGGGGUGGAUGCCUUAAGAGUUGGAAUGGGCAGUGGCUCAAUCUGCAUCACACAAGAAGCUUUCCCAAGCACCACCAAAAUUCCCAUGACCAAGCAAGAGGUGGUCGGGAGGGCUAAUGUCUUGAUGGCAGUAGGACGCCCUCAGGGUACAGCAGUAUACAAGGUAGCAGAGUAUGCCCGUCACUACGGCAUACCGAUCGUGGCUGACGGUGGCAUCACGUCCGUUGGGCACAUCACCAAGGCCUUGGCACUCGGGGCUUCAACAGUUAUGAUGGGAAGUCUACUAGCGGGUACCAGUGAAGCACCGGGAGAGUACUUCUUUUCGGACGGUGUGCGACUCAAGAAGUACAGAGGUAUGGGCUCCCUAGAUGCCAUGGAGUGCAACAAAUCUAGUGCACAGAGAUAUUUCAGUGAACGGGACAAGCUCAAGGUAGCACAGGGUGUAUCAGGCAACAUAGUUGAUAAGGGCUCAAUCCACAAGUUUGCCCCAUACCUUAUAGCUGGAGUCCAACAUGGCUGCCAAGACAUAGGUGCUAAGAGUCUAACAGAUCUCAGAGACAAAAUGUAUGCUGGUGAACUCAAGUUUGAGAGAAGAACAACAUCUGCUCAGGUGGAAGGAAGUGUCCAUGGUUUGCAUUCAUAUGAGAAGAGACUAUUCUGAGACUCCAGCCUUGUCCUAACAGCCUUUCUUUCCACAUUUCAUUGGUGCACCAGUAUUUUCUUCAAACAUCAGGUCUUCACACAUAGUAUUUUUGCACAGAAAGCACCCCCUCUUGUGGUUAAAAUGCACAAGGUAUUCUUCAAAACCAAAAUGAAGUCACACUGUCUUCUGUAGUCGAUACAUGUUAUGAUGAGUUAGGUGAACUUUAAGAUGAGUUACCAGCAUAGAGUUAUAUAUAAGAACUAGAGGGCGCAUUGGUGAUGCUGCGUGCACAAAUACACUGGGACCGCAAGGAGACACGCUUGCCGUUUUGUAAGAUGAACUUUGUACGCGUGUUCAAUACGAAGUUCAAGAUGGUGUGUGUGUUAUGAUAAUGCUAUGCAAUGUUGCUUUGUCAAGAUGGCCGCACACGGGGCCACGUAUCUGUAGGCUUGUGCGCCCUCCAGUUCUAUGAUAUAAUCUAUGGUUACCAGACUCUAUCCAUACUGAAAUGGUGUUGAGUUUUGUGAAAAGAUGGUCUUGUAUCCUGUAUCAAGUCAAUUAGCUUUUUUGAGACAUGGUGGACGCUAUAGAAGUACACUGUUUGCUGUUGGUUUUUUACAGAGAAAUAUACCCAAAUCAAACAGUGUCAAAGUUUUGUGUUCACCUUACCUCAAAAGGGCUAAAUGGAAAGUGCAUCUUUCUUGUGUCGAUCUGGAUUCUUAAAAUUAUGCUGCUCAACAAAUACUGAUACAUAUUGAGAUAUUUGACGGGUUGGCAUGUUCAUAUCUUUAAAAUAAUCCUUUCUUAUUUAUUUAUUUUUUUCAAGGGAGGGUACACCUUUUGGUAAUUAUUCCAUUAGAAAUUAUUUGCUAAUAAACACAGCAAAAGGUUUGGAUUGAUGUUUAUUGUUCUGCUUUUGAUAUUUUUGACUUGAUCCAUGGUGUUUGACUUAACAUUGAUAAUCAGUUGAAACAAAAUCUUUUGAGUAAAUUUGCAAAAUCAUGAAACAAAUUUUGAUUUAUAUGACGCCAACAAUACGUGAAUAACCGACUGUAGUUAGUGUGAGUGUUUUGGUUUGAAAAUGUGUUGUUGUUGUUGUUUUUUUUUUUUUUGGGGGGGGGGGUUCCCCAACAAAUAAUUCCUGUUAUAGGAAUUGUCUACCUACAGUGGUAAUAUUUUGAAAGUUAUUAUGUAUUUGUGUCCCAAUUGUGAGAAAUAAUGUAUUUUUGUGUGAAAUAAGAUUAUGCACCUUCUCAAAACUAUUUAACGAUAAGUUGCAGAUAGACUUCUCGAUGGUUGAAUUUUCCAACCCGCACGAUAUCCUCAUGUAAUUAUUUGAAAAAUCCAAUUUGUCUUCAAUAAUUUACCCUUUUUUAUAGUCUUGUCUGCAACUUAUCCUGGAACAGUUUCUAGAAGGUGCUGUACAGUUGUGUACAUUUGAUUUUUUUAAAUUUUUUUUAAGGAGAUAAAGGGCAUUCCAGACUGCAUGAUUGUUUACAACUUCCACCUUCCACCUGUCUACCUUAUAGUAUUCUGUUAUCCAUGUAUUCACCAAAAAUGAUGUUAUCUCAUGAUGGCAAAGUGCCGUUGUCAUAUUUUGAGGUACUUUUCAGAUGUAAAUUUUCUUUGUUUUAGGUGGGAUUUGUUCAUGUUCUUUGGUUCUAGAUUGAAGAAGGAUAAAUUGAUUUAAGAACUUUUACAGUAGACCAUUGUCCUCUGUGGGUCAACACAAUGUUGAACUUUAAAGAUUUUGCGUCUAACUUUAGUGUUGAAAAAGCACUGCACAAUGUGGGUAUGUUCAGAUACAGUUUGACGUGCUCUUAGAAAAAAUUUAAUAUCAUCUUACAAACCUCCUCUUCCCUGUUGCAAUUUUUUUGUGAAACCCCAUUUUGGAGAUAUUUAUGGGCCUUUUGCCAAAGGACCAAAACAAAAAAGGUUGGCAAGAAUGGGAUUAAUUUUGAUCAGUACUUGUGUAUGAAAUGUUGAUAUUUUGUUUGGAAAGAAAUGUAAGCAGAAAGGUACCAUUAUUAAUUGUGUAAUACUGUUAAGUUUGAUUAUUAAACAAUGUUUGUUUGGUGGGGAAUAAAAACAAAAACUAAUGGACUUGUUAGGAAAAACAGAGAAUUUGAAGUUGGAAUUAAAUGUAGUGAACAUAUUUAUUUCCAAUACUUUGAAUAUUUGAUACCGAAGUAAAACCAUCGACACAUCUUUCAAACUUAAUUUUGAAGUUUAUUACUGUUAUUAAAUCUUUUACUGAUUUCUGUUGAUAAAUAUUGGAAAUGCAGGAAAUGUAGCAAUGCUUUGCAACUAGGUGCCCCAAGAAUUAUUAUUAGAAUAAUGUUAUCAGUAAAAAUUAAUUAUUGGAUCCCUGAGCUUAGCAUGUUAAUUAGUUAAUAGAAGAAAACACUGAAAUGUAACUACGGAAAUACACUUAUUGUGAAAUGUUAAUUUUUUAAAUUUGGAACUCAUAUUUUUUGCACCAACUCAAAUUAUUUAAAGCAGAAAUAAUUGUUUGUUGCUGAGUUGUACUUUUUGUGAGUCAUUUGAAGAUAUUUUUUGAUUGUUUUGAAUAGCAUUUUGAUUGAUUUAUUGAGUUACUAUCCGAGCCCAAUCCUACAGUACAGUUCAGCAGGAAACAUUGCUUGACACAUUUAAUUGCUUAGCAUGACAGCCGUUAGUACCCAUUACAUGUAAGCACAUGAUGUAUUGGUUUGUUAGCCGUUUCUGCUAAGCAUAUUGUUGUAUGUGCUUAGUAAAUUGGUGUGUUUGCAAACUAAAGGCCCUGUUACGAGUUGUCUUAUGUGGAUCUUUGUGUAGUCACAGGACUUAAAAUGUUUGUCAUCACAUUAGUUCUUAUUAAAUCUCAUGUAUGUGAGUCACUGAA